AUGGCGGCGCUGAGCAGCGGCGGCAGCGCCGAGGGGGCCUCGCUCUUCAACGGGGACAUGGAGCCCGAGCCGCCCGCGCUCGGCGCCGGCUACGCGGGGGGCGGCAGCGGGGACCCGGCCAUCCCGGAGGAGGUGUGGAACAUCAAGCAGAUGAUUAAAUUGACACAAGAACAUAUAGAAGCACUGCUAGACAAAUUUGGAGGAGAGCAUAACCCACCAUCAAUAUAUUUAGAGGCCUAUGAAGAGUACACCAGCAAGCUUGAUGCUCUACAGCAGAGAGAACAGCAGUUACUGGAAUCCAUGGGGAAUGGAACUGAUUUCUCUGUCUCCAGUUCAGCUUCAACAGACACAGUUGCAUCAUCUUCCUCCUCUAGCCUCUCUGUAGCACCUUCAUCCCUUUCAGUUUAUCAAAACCCUGCUGAUAUGUCACGGAAUAACCCUAAGUCUCCACAGAAACCUAUUGUUAGAGUCUUCCUGCCCAACAAGCAAAGGACUGUGGUUCCAGCAAGAUGUGGGGUGACAGUCCGAGACAGCCUAAAAAAAGCUCUGAUGAUGAGAGGUCUUAUUCCAGAAUGCUGUGCUGUUUACAGAAUACAGGACGGAGAGAAGAAGCCAAUUGGCUGGGACACAGACAUUUCCUGGCUCACGGGAGAGGAGUUGCAUGUGGAAGUUUUGGAGAAUGUGCCACUCACGACACACAAUUUCGUACGAAAAACGUUCUUCACGUUAGCGUUCUGCGACUUCUGUCGGAAGCUGCUUUUCCAGGGAUUCCGCUGCCAGACUUGUGGCUACAAAUUUCACCAGCGCUGUAGUACAGAAGUGCCACUCAUGUGUGUCAAUUAUGACCAACUUGAUUUGCUGUUUGUCUCCAAGUUCUUUGAACAUCACCCCAUACCACCAGAGGAGGCCUCCUUAGGAGAGACCACCCCAGCAUCUGGAUCAUACCCCUCAGUGCCCCCCUCAGAUUCCGUUGGACCACCAAUUCUCCCUAGUCCUUCUCCUUCAAAAUCCAUUCCAAUCCCACAGCCCCUCCGACCAGCAGAUGAAGACCAUCGAAAUCAAUUUGGGCAACGCGACCGAUCCUCUUCAGCUCCCAACGUGCACAUCAAUACAAUCGAACCAGUCAAUAUUGAUGACUUGAUUAGAGACCAGAGUUUACGUGGCGAGGGAGGCUCAGCUGCAGGCUUGUCUGCAACACCUCCUGCUUCUUUGCCCGGGUCACUAACCAAUGUGAAAGCGUUACAGAAAUCACCAGGACCCCAACGGGAAAGGAAAUCAUCCUCAUCCUCAGAAGACAGAAAUAGAAUGAAAACUCUUGGUCGACGGGAUUCAAGUGAUGAUUGGGAGAUACCAGAUGGACAGAUCACAGUUGGACAAAGGAUAGGAUCUGGAUCAUUUGGAACAGUCUACAAAGGAAAGUGGCAUGGUGAUGUGGCAGUGAAAAUGCUGAAUGUUACGGCACCCACACCUCAACAGUUACAGGCUUUCAAAAAUGAAGUAGGAGUGCUCAGGAAAACACGGCAUGUGAAUAUCCUGCUUUUCAUGGGUUACUCAACAAAACCCCAGUUGGCUAUUGUUACACAAUGGUGUGAAGGGUCCAGUUUGUAUCACCAUCUACACAUCAUUGAGACCAAAUUUGAAAUGAUCAAGCUAAUUGAUAUUGCACGACAGACUGCACAAGGCAUGGAUUAUUUGCAUGCCAAGUCAAUCAUCCACAGAGACCUCAAGAGUAAUAAUAUUUUUCUUCAUGAAGACCUCACAGUAAAAAUAGGUGAUUUUGGUCUAGCUACAGUGAAAUCACGAUGGAGUGGAUCCCAACAGUUUGAACAGUUGUCUGGUUCCAUUCUAUGGAUGGCACCAGAAGUUAUUAGGAUGCAAGAUAAAAACCCAUAUAGUUUUCAGUCGGAUGUGUAUGCAUUUGGGAUUGUUCUCUAUGAAUUGAUGACUGGACAGUUGCCAUACUCCAACAUCAACAACAGGGACCAGAUAAUUUUCAUGGUGGGACGAGGAUACCUAUCUCCAGACCUCAGCAAAGUACGGAGCAACUGUCCAAAAGCUAUGAAGAGACUAAUGGCAGAAUGCUUAAAAAAGAAAAGAGAUGAGAGACCCCUUUUUCCACAGAUUCUUGCCUCCAUUGAGCUUCUGGCCCGGUCAUUGCCAAAAAUUCACCGCAGUGCAUCUGAGCCCUCGUUGAACCGGGCUGGCUUCCAGACAGAGGAUUUUAGUCUUUAUGCUUGUGCUUCUCCAAAAACACCCAUCCAAGCAGGGGGAUACGGUGGGUUUCCAGUGCACUGAAACAGAAUGUGAAAGCCUGUGCCUGUGUGUCUGUGUGCUGGUGUGUCCUGUGAGUGCAAGGGGUUUGUUCUCAGUUCCUACCAGCUCCGACUGUAGGGUUUGCUGAGGGAACAAAGCCUCACUUCCUAACACUGGGCAUUGAAUGUUCCCAGCACAGUCUGUGUUGGUGACAGUGCCCUGGGAACAGCUGGCACAAGAAGAGCUGUAAUGCCACGUAAGAGACAUGGGAAAAGUCACUUCAAAACAAGCAAAAAUCUUCUUAAGGUUAUCGAGUGUCAUUUUUGCCUGGUUUGAUUGGAGUUAGUUACUCAGGAGUGUAUUUGAUUUGAAUCUACUCAAGCUGUGGUGGUCUGUUGUUUUGGGGGUUGGGGGUUUUUUACUUCAUUUGAGGUCAUUAUAUUUGAGCAAUAAGCUUUAGAGUCUUCGUUUAGUAAUGCUAUUCAUGUGGGAAACACUUGGAAAAAUGAACUUAGCUUCAAGGCUGAACACAGUCAAAACUUUAUUGUGGUCAGCAGAAGUGAGCAGAUACAACACAGAAUCCAAAGAAAGCCCUGACUGAAUAACAUGUGACUCUCAUCUUAGAAGUGGAAGUUUCAAUUAGUACAAUUUAGGCAACAUCUCUUCCUGCAGAAGAGUGGUGAAUGGGUUGGGGUUAUUUUAUGUUACAUUUUUUCUCUAAAUAUUCUGACCUGAUAUAGUUUACACCAUCUCCAAAUGUUCUGUUACAAUGCAACACAGAAGAAAUUCUCAAUCUGCUUUUGCCAAGCUGCAAGGCUAGUACUGGUAAUGGUGCCUGUAUCCUUCAGUUAGUACAGAUUUCAACAUUUAUAAAAGCAUUUUAAAUCUCAAGCAUGACCAAAUGCUUUCAGAGGAAAAAUGCUGCUAACACCCAUAAUAGGAAAAGAAGAUUUGAAAAAGCAGUUUUGUUCAUGGAAAUCAGUGUUAUUCCACGAAUUUUGUUAAGAUGAAAGAUGUUAAUUAUUUUAAUAUUGUUAAAACGCACUGAACAUGCUUCUCUUCAGUGACAAAUUGAUUUUUUUACUUCCAUGUAAAAGCUGCUAGUUUGACUUGGCAGAAGUGAAUCAGUUGGACUUGAUAUCUAACUGAGAAAGUUUGACACCUUACCUGCCAGCUCACUUUGGAGACUGUAUUUUUCUCUGGAGCAUUGCUCUGGAACAAGUGCAUCAGAGUAGUGGUUCAGGUUAUAUCAGUCUUUAAUGUCAGAUGUGAAAAAAAGAAGUGCAGACAGUGUUCUUGCAUGUUAUGAGAUGAGUUAUGUAGUUUUACUUGGUUUAAACUGCUGAACUGUGAGUUUUCACAGAUGACUCUGCAUUGAAAAGAAGCUAUUGCUGCUCUUGUUAGGACUUCAAGGGCCAGAAGUGUUCCAAGGCUUCUGAUUUACACACACACAGAGAAGUUUGCCUGUUGCUAGCAAUACGUUUCUGAAAUAGAUCAGGAAUUCCAAAAUGUUUUGGUUUACUGCUGUCUGGCAACUGAGCCUUUUAAAAUGGGAAGCAGAGAGCUUGAAGAGAUGUAGGCAACUUUUACAUUUUCUGGAUGGAUUAUAAUGGUCUCUUUGGCUUCUGCUGUUGGAAUAGUUUGGGAACUAACUUUUCUCCUUUUCUUAGCUAAGAAAAUUUAGCUGUUGAAGUCUCUGUCUAUGGAAAUAGUUAAAGAGGACAGAAGUUGUUACUGUUUUAGAAAAUCUGUUCCCCAUCUUCCUGGUAGCAUCACCUCAUUUUGGCAGGCUUAUCCUGAAAUGAAAACAGAGCUUAAGUGUUAUUUUCCCCUCUCAUUCUUUAUUUUGUGUAUCUGUUCUAGCAGUGAUGAGGAAUGUUUCCAAAGCUGUGGGGUAUGGUAUUCAGUACAGAGCAAAGAGGAUGCUACUGGGUCUCCUUCAGAACCUAGAAAUGGGGCAUCCCACACAGAAAAGUCUUACCCACACAGGGAGUUGCAGAGAAUGCAGAAUUAUCACCAUUGCCCUGCCCAGGCUUAUUCUUGUUCAGGUCUGCCAGAUCAAUUCAAACCAGUUAUUCCUUGGAGUUAUUUAUCCUCCUUCUUAAGAUUUUUCAUCUGUGUUGUCAGAGCUACAAUUAUAGGGGGGAAGUGCUGCCAUCCUUAGACACAUUUGGCCCCAUUUCCUGCUGUAAGGUCAGUGCAUUCUUCCUGUGUCACCUGUUUUUAUUAUUUUGUGUUCCAUGGCCAUAAUGUGAUUUUAGUUUCUCACUAAACUUUUUAUGAAGCCUAAAAGGAGGCUACUUUGUGGAUCAUUAACUUUGUCUGACAGAGAGGCAUUUAGAGGUUUCAUUUCUGUAAGUUCUAAUUGCUGCUUCAAUGAGAUUUGGGAGUACCUGUGGGAUAAAGGUGCCUAACUACACCUGUGGAUUUGGGCCAGAGUUCUCAAAGGUGCAACUCAGCUAUACUGUUUAGAAACAGAUACCUGUUGGCUCUGAAAACAUGCCUGUGGGACCCUAGGUUUAUCUGGAGGAGUAAUUUAUACUAGGUGAGAUACCUUUUUAUUUUACUUCCCUACGUAUCAGUACAGAAACCAAGUCUGUCUUGGUCCUUUCAAGGUCCUUUGUCCUUGCUUCCAAAUUUUUACUUACCCAGUGGAUAGUAUCCACACAAAAGAUCAGCACAAGAUCCAACAGAAAACUACCUCUUUUUUUAGUUUGUUUUUUCUAUGUCUGUGAAUGUAAACCAGGCAAGGUGUUGGAAUCUGAUGCUUCCCUACAAUAAAUCAGUCAAUAGAUUCAGUAGAUAAGGCUGGCACAGGGCUGGAAGAGAACCAUUCUUCUUAUGAUUCUUCUGACAAACAUGGCCUCUACCCCAGGAUAAGGAGAGCAGAUAAGAUGAUAUGUGUAUACAUUAGUAACCUCAUGAAUUCAGGUAGUUUACAAACUGGUGAGAGUACAGAAUGGUAGCUGCAUCUUAAAUCCGUCCAGGAAUCGGGGGCAGCAGGUUCACUCAGAACAUGCCCUUAUUUUAUUGCAUUGUUUGGAGGCAACAUCAAAGAUCUUGAUCAUCUUUUUAGUCCAGAUUUUUUUGAAAGUGUGCAUUUAAAAUAGUUUCCACUUGCUCUGCAUGAGAUGAGCAUGAAAAGGCUGUAGUAGCUGACUUGAGAGGGGUUUUUAACAAGAGUGUAUUUUCAGAUGCUCUCCAUCCUUUGGAAGGAAAUGGCUUUGCUACCAGUCAAAGCAAAUAUCUGCAGUUCUGCUUGAUAAAAAGCACCUCAGAUGCAUGGCUCACAAUGAAUAUAAAUAUCUGGGGUUUUUUAUUGUAGCAAGUUGCUAAGCAUGUGGUUUCAUAGCUUGAUGUGGAUAGGUACCUAUACCUAGGGAAAGCUGUUACUGGCAAUUGUUUUAUACAUGUUCAACCAACAUAAUCCCCUUAUUAGAUGGCCAUGUUACCUAUUUUGGUCUCCUAUUGAUUUGAGAUCAGAUUAAUACUGGAAUUUUGAAGGGGGAGAUUGAGCAUUAGCUUGUCAAAGAAAAUAUGUUUGCUAAGGUUUUGUUUAAAUGUCAGGGAAGUCUGAAAAUUAUCUUUUUAAGGCUAUCAUUCUAGCUCUUUAUUUCUGGUCCUGUUUUUCCAUUGCUCUUUGCCAAUUAAAGAUGCUGGUUUUUUAUGAAAUCCCUAUAUGACUAUUAAAAUCUGAAUUAUUACCAGAAGUAGGCAGAAGGACAAGAUGAGUAAUGAAGGAGCAAUCUCUUUUUUAUAAAUUGAUCUUUAAUCACCAGUUUAGAAAGGCAGACUGAAAAAUAAAUUAAAUAGAUCAUAUUUUGAAAGUGUAGCUAAGCAUAAAUGUCACUUAAAAAUUGGCCUCACAGGCAAUACUUGGUGACUUUUUUGUCUUUCUCUUAAAAGAAAACAUGUAUUAAACUUGAGAUGUUUCUAGAAGAUACUAUGAAGAGAGUUGGGAGGUCAGUGAAUGUAGCAGAAAAAAACAAGAAAAAAUUACCCAAUAUUUAGAGUAUUUAGAGCAAGAGUUUCAUCUGGUGGUAGAACUAGUAAAAUAUGCAAUUAGAUCCAUCAUGAAGCUUUUAUUCUCUUGUUGUUAUAACUGAAGCCUGCCACCACAGUCUGUAAAGAUAAAGAGCUUGAGGCCUGUCAUAACUCCCUGUGCCACCAUUACUUUGGGUUUCUGGUGUAUUCUUUUCUCAUUUCCUACAAGACACAGAGCCCUUUCCCUGCUUUCUUCAAAUUCCCUUAGAACUGGGUCAGCUCUUCCUCACAGGCCUUUAGAUGCUUUUUCUUCCCCCUCCUAGUGCAGACAACUUCUUGGUUCUCCUCUUUGUAGAGCAAGACAUUGCAUAGAAUUAAAGCUAUAAGCCUAGAAUUCUGUUUGCAUGGCUGUUUCUGUUUUGUUUCUAGUGUUCAGAAUAAGAAUCUUGAGGAAAAAACAAAGCCAGCAAUACAGACACUCUGUAAAAGAUGGAAGGACACCAGAUAGGGAGCAGUUGUUUGAAUGUUAUGGCAUUCAAAACACUUCUGUUAAACAGAACAAAGGCUCUCUUGUGCCUGCUUAUCACUCUUUCAGUAUUAGGAGAGCUCUGAGAAGUGCUGUCAAGAAAGUGGCAUAAACUAAC